AUGUCGAAACGAACCGCGGAAAUCGACGACGGCGAUGUCCCCAUGAAGGGCGGCGAUCGUCCCGAACCCAUGGAUGUCGACCAAGAUAAGGACAUGGGCGAGUUCGAGGAUGAGUUCGAGGACGAAUUCGAAAGCGAGGAUGAAAUCCUCGAAGCUGGCGUUGAUGGCAGACCAGACGCCGAAAGGGAAGCUGAAGAGCGCGCAGCUGGUGCGAUGGACGUGGACAAUGGCACAUUUAUUGUCGGUCGUAACACACUGGAAGCAGGCCAGCACCUUGCCCCCGACAUGGGAACAUACGAGAUGCUGCAUAGUCUGAGCACUCCGUGGCCAUGUCUCUCCUUCGACAUUAUCCGCGACGGCCUUGGCGACAAGCGUGAAAAGGUCUACCCUGUCACCAUGUACAGCGUUGCUGGCACUCAGGCCGAGACUGGCAAGGAGAAGGAGAACCAACUCAUGGUCAUGAAGUUUAGCGGCCUGAGCCGGACGCAGAACGUGGACGACGACGAAGACUCAGAUUCCGACGAUGACGCCGAGGACGCAGACCCAAUUUUGGAAUCCAAGACGAUACCUUUGGCAUCCACAACCAACCGCAUUCGCACGCACCAGAUUCCAUCACAAGAUGGAUCAGCCCCCAAGACAUUCACAGCUACCAUGACAGAGUCGGCGGGAGUCUUGAUCCACGACAUCACACCCCACCUCGAGUCUUUCGACAACCCUGGCACAGUCAUCACCCCACAGCAGAACAAGCCCCUUUCCACUAUCCGCGCUCACAAGACAGAAGGCUAUGCUGUCGAUUGGUCUCCAUUGGUGCCUGGAGGUAAACUGCUGACGGGAGACAAUGACGGCCUCAUCUACGUCACGACCCGUACCGACGGUGGCGGCUGGGUCACAGAUACCCGCGCUUUCCAGGGCCACACCAGCAGUGUGGAAGAGAUCCAAUGGAGUCCCCAAGAGGCGUCUGUGUUCGCAUCAGCUUCCAGUGAUGGUACUGUCAGAGUUUGGGAUGUACGAAGCAAGAGUAGGAAACCUGCCAUCUCCAUCACUGCUAGCAGGACCGAUGUAAACGUCAUGUCGUGGUCGCAUCUGACUACUCACCUCCUGGCCACUGGAGAUGACGACGGUGUUUGGGGCGUUUGGGAUCUGCGCUCAUGGAAGCAAGGCAACGACAAGCCUUCGCCUAUUGCCAGUUUCAACUACCACAAGGAGCAGAUUACCAGCGUGGAGUGGCACCCGACUGACGACAGUAUGGUGGCAGUGGCUGCUGGAGACAACAAGGUUACUUUAUGGGAUCUGUCGGUCGAGCUGGAUGAUGAAGAGAGCAAAGAUACUGCUGGAGUUCAGGAUAUGCCGCCUCAGCUUCUGUUCGAGCACAUUGUGGAGCAUGCCAAGGAAGUCCACUGGCACCCCCAGAUUCCUGGUACUCUGGUUACUACGGGAUCCGAGUUCAGCGUUUUCAGACCUAUUCCCGUCGUGUAUGGUGUUCAGGUCAAAUAG